UGGUAUUUCCUGCAGCAGGCGCGCUCCGACAGCCAGCUGGGCAGCGUCGGGGCCGGCCCCAGCCCCAGCCUGGGUCCCAGCCCCGGCCCCAGCUCGCACGGCCCCCGAUCGUCCCGAUCCUGGCCUCGGCCCCCGGGCUGACUACGACUGGGAGAACCCCCACUGCUCACGCCAUGAAGGAGGAGAACUUCCUACGGCGCAGGUUUUCCCUCUGUCCACCCUCUUCUACCCCUCAGAAAAUUGAUCCUCGGAAACUGACCAGGAAUCUGUUCUUCAGUGGAGACCAUGAGAUCUACCCUCUCAGCCCAGGAAAAGACAUGGAAGGCAGCAACGGUGUGUCCCUGUUGAAGGAUGAAGUGCCUCAGACCCCAGUGUCCAUGAGCAGAGCCUUGCAGAAUAACGACUACAGGCUUUGCAAUGGUUCUGACAGGGAAUCCUUGUCCCCGACAGCCAAAGUCACCAAGAAAGAGACUCUCAAGGUCCAAAAGAAGAAUUACCGUCAGGAGAAGAAGCGGGCCACCCAGCAGCUGUUCAGCGCCCUGAAGGACCCCAGUGUGGUCAUCAUGGCUGACUGGCUGAAGAUCCGGGGGACCCUGAAGAGCUGGACCAAGCUCUGGUGCAUCCUGAAGCCUGGCGUGCUGCUGGUUUACAAGACGCCCAAGGUGGGCCAGUGGGUGGGCACCAUCCUGCUGCACUCCUGUGAGCUCAUCGAGAGGCCCUCCAAGAAGGACGGCUUCUGCUUCAAGCUUUUCCAUCCCCUGGACCAGUCCAUCUGGGCCAUGAAGGGUCCUAAAGGUGAGAACGUGGGCUCCAUCACCCAGCCUCUGCCCAGCAGCUACCUGAUCUUCCGGGCACCCUCUGAAUCUGACGGCCGCUGCUGGCUGGAUGCCCUGGAGUUGGCUCUGCGCUGCUCUAGCCUCUUCCGGCUCAGCGCCUCCAAACAGGGGAAAGAUGGAGAGCUGACUGGCCAGCUGGACUCCUCCCAGAUGCCCCUGGAUGGGCUGCUGCAUGGCGGGACCAUCUCAGACCAGGAUCUCUUUCAGCUGAACGAAGCCUCCCUGGAAAACCACCAGCUGGAGAACGAUGCCUUUUCAGACAGGUCAGAGAAAGACACCAUCGAGGAGUCAGAGAAUGACACCCGGGAGAACAGCCGGAAAACCAACGACAGCGAGAGUGACCAGUCAGAAACCCCCGGGGAGCUUGGGCAGGAGAAAAAAGGGACGACGUACAUCGAGCAGAUAUACGAAGAAUUUGGGGAGACAGGAGAGUCAUCGCAGACUGAGACCGUCUCUGAAGAAAACAAGAGCCUCAUCUGGAUCCUGCUGAAACAGCUGCGGCCGGGGAUGGACCUGUCCCGCGUGGUGCUUCCCACAUUCAUCCUGGAGCCGCGAUCCUUCCUCAACAAGCUCUCAGACUACUAUUACCACGCAGAUCUGCUGUCUCAAGCUGUCUUGGAAGAUGAUCCUUUAAGUCGUAUGAAGCAAGUUGUAAGAUGGUAUCUGUCUGGCUUCUACAAGAAACCAAAGGGAAUCAAGAAGCCUUACAAUCCCAUCCUUGGAGAGACCUUCCGCUGCUGCUGGUAUCACCCACAGACCAACAGCCACACCUUCUACAUCGCUGAGCAGGUCUCCCAUCAUCCCCCUGUGUCUGCUUUCCAUGUAAGCAAUAGGAAAGAUGGCUUCUGCAUCACCGGGAGCAUCCUAGCCAAGUCCAAAUUCUAUGGAAAUUCCCUCUCGGCCUUACUUGAUGGAAAAGCCACACUGACGUUUCUAAGUAGAGGGGAAGAUUACAUUAUUACAAUGCCCUACGCACACUGCAAAGGAAUCUUGUACGGCACCAUGACCAUGGAGCUGGGGGGGAAAGUGACUGUGGAAUGUGAGAAGAACAAUUACCAAGCAGAACUGGAGUUCAAGCUCAAGCCUUUCUUCGGGGGCAGCUCCGGCCUCAACCAGAUCUCUGGGAAGAUUAAGUCAGGAGAAGAUGUUCUAGCAAGCCUUGACGGACACUGGGACAGGGAGGUGUACAUCAGUGACCCAAAGAAUGGCAGCACCGAUGUCUUCUGGAGCCCAACGGCAGACAUCCGGAGGCAGAGACUGAAGCGCCACAUUGUGCUAUUUGAGGAGCAAACUGAGCUAGAAUCAGAAAGACUCUGGCAACACGUGACCAGUGCGAUCAACAAAGGUGACCAGGUGAAGGCAACCCAGGAGAAGUUUGUGCUGGAGGAGGAGCAGAGAAGACGGGCCAGGGAGAGGCAGGAGGCCUUUCUCGACUGGAAGCCACUGCUCUUCCUCCAGGAUCCCAGCUCACAGGAGUGGCACUACAAAUAUGAGGACCUCAGGCCUUGGGACCCCUUAACAGACAUCGCCCAGUUUGAACAGGACGGCAGAUUACAGACAAUGGGCCGGCGAGCGCCCCUGAGGCUGACCACUCGGAGCCAGGUCCGGCACAAGAGGUCAGGGAAGGAUUGCCGGCACCGCAAAGCCAGUGACCAGCCUUCCAACCACAGCCAGAACACGGAGAGCAGCUGCUCCACCCCUGAGUCUGUGCAGGGCCUGUCUGAUGAGGAAGGGGAUGCAGACUGUGAAAGUUCCUGUGCCCGGUGUGGGAAGGAGAGCCAGCAUCUGAAGGAAAUCCAUACCGCUGUCCUUUCCCUACAGAAGGCCCAACAAGACAUCCACAGGAAUCUCACGGCUCUAAACAAAAAGUCUCUGUACAGACGAGCACCAGGAAGCUUUCUCCAGAGCUCACGCUGCUGGUUCCUACUCUGCGUGUUUCUGACAUGUCAACUAUUCAUUAACUAUGUCCUGAAAUAAAAGCACUCUAGGGGCAGCAGCCCAUGCGCCUCCCUGCCAAACGAACACUGCCCCCACGCCAGGAGCCCUCCCUGCAGCGCUGGGACCAAAUCCACCCAGGGAAGGCCAGGAGGCCAGACUGAGGCCCUGGGCAUCAGCCCUGGACGGGCACAGCCUCGGGACCUUCUUAUCCGUGUGGGCCUUAAUCGCUGAAGCCAAAUGUAGCUUAUUUGUGCACUUUGUUUCCUAAGGUGGCUCAUCCUCAUCAGUCCAUCCACCCAUCUGUCCGUCCAUCGCAUGUGGUUACUUCCUGAGUACCAACCAGUACUGCUGUCCCCCACCCUGAGUGUGUGUGGCCUUUGCCCCAGUCCCACCCAGACACUUGGGGCAGCAGGAAGGAGGGCAGGAACAGGGACAGUAGAAGGCCUGGCCUGCAGGUGGCAUAAGGGUGUCCUGCCAUCCAUCCUUCCUCCCUUGAUGGGGGACAACCAUUUCAGGAAAUGCAGUGGGACCUUGUAAGCACAGUAAUGGUGCCCUAAAUGCCCAGGGCCUCCCUGGUCAGGAAGCCAGGAGGCUCCCAGCUGGCAUUCAAGCUCAGGGCUGGCUGUGCCUCUUCAAGACAGACUCAAGCUCGGCCACCUGCCCGUCUGGGCACUGCAAUCCACACGGUCCCACUAGAGGCCAGCCUGAACACAGUGAUGGGCUGUUGGGCAGAUGCUGCCCAGGCUGGAGGGUCAUAGGUCAUUUAAGUGGCCGUUCCUGUUCUACAGUGGGCACCACCACGGGUCCUCUCCUGCGUGGCCUCCCUCAGUCCAAGGAGCAGAGGGAGAUGAGUGUGAGUGUGCCAGUGGUUGGGUCCCUGUCCACACGCGCACACACACUUGCUCAGCCUGCAGUGGUGCCGGUGCCUGGGCCAGCCCCGAUGCCACAUAUCCAGACUGUGGGCAUUUCAUCUUGUCUGUCCUUCGCCUCCUGCCUUUGGGGAAACUUGUUUCUGCUUGAUACCCGUGAAAUAAAAUGACCUACCGCC